GACAGUUUACUGCAUGUGUGGGAUGAUAUACACCGGCUAUCUAUGGUAUACAAUAUUAGAUGCUGUGCUACUAUCAGGAUAAUGUCUGAUAAUACUUUCAAAGGAUAUGAUAAAUCUUUGUAUUGUCUAAUGGAGGGGAUAGCUUUCAAGUCACAAUCUUUCCUGUUGGUUUGUUCCGACAGUGACCCAUUGUGAGCCUCAUUAGUGAAACAGGUGCAUCUGUAUCAUCAACAGCGUAGUUCCAGUGUGUGAUAUUUCAGCUGACAUUCAUCAACCAUCUUCAACCGAUUCAUAAGUCAUGGAAAAGGACAUAGAAGUGAAUGAAAGGACACCAAUCCUGGGUGACUCAGUCGUCUGCAAUGUUGCCGAUUUGGACAAGAAGGGCACUUAUCGGGACGAAAACAGCAAUGACAAAGUAGACUUUUCAUUUAAAAAAUUGGAUGGUAACAGGAAAUGGACGUUUGUGACAUUAGCUUUUGUUAACUUCUGUGCCUGCACAUGUUUCUCACUGUUGGCGCCAUUCUUCCCCAGCGAGGCCCAGGCCAAGGGGGCAUCUCAAACAGUUGUUGGACUCAUUUUCGGCUGCUUUGAAUUUGUCAUAUUUGUAUCAUCACCAAUAUUUGGGACAUUUUUAACAAGAUUAGGACCUAAAUUUGUGUUCAUAUCUGGAGUAUUUGUGUGUGGAGUAUGCUCUGUUCUUUUUGGGUUAUUAGAUCGAUCUCCAUCAGGCACCAUCUUCAUCGUCAUGUGCUUCGUGUGUCGAUCUGUGGAAGCCCUGGGUUGUUCAGCAUUUAUCACAGCUAGUUUCGCAAUAGUGGCCAACUCCUUUCCUGACCAUGUGACCACCGUGUUUGGCACCUUGGAAACGUUCAGCGGGCUGGGCCUCAUGGUCGGACCUCCAAUAGGGGGCGCUCUGUACGAGCUGGGAGGCUAUGGUCUGCCAUUCUGGACGCUGGGUUGCGUUAGUCUGGUGUGUGGCGUCACGUCGUACUUCAUCAUGCCAUCGAACAACGAGGUGCGCAAACCUUACAAGGGCUCUGUGUUCACCCUCCUGAAGAGUCUGGAGGUGUGGGUCACAUGCUUCUCUAUAUUCUGUGGAUCCUUCUCCCUGGGGUUCCUGGACCCCACUCUGGCGGACCAUCUCAAGGAGUUCGGGCUCAGUACUCUCAUCGUCGGCUUCAUCUUCCUGGCGGCUCCAGCAGUAUACGGCUUCACAGCCCCCAUCUGGGGGUGGGUCGGAGACUCCAAGGGUCAAAUCAAGUCGCUGAUGAUCAUUGGGAACUUCAUGUCCUGCAUCGCCUUCCUCCUGAUGGGGCCCUGUCCUCUGCUGCCCUUCCUGCCGUUUGAGUUGUGGCUGGUUGUGAUCAGCUUGGUGAUGGUGGGGCUGUUUAUUGGCUGUGCUCUCAUACCUACCAUCAACUGCCUCCUCAUUGGUGCCAAGAAACUUGGAUUUAAAGAAAAUAUAGACACUUAUGGCCUCGUCUCAGGCCUUUUCAAUUCAGCGUACUGUUUGGGGACGUUCAUAGGCCCCACACUUGGUGGAGUGUUAAAGCAGCACUUUGGUUUUGACUGGGCAGCCACAUUAGUAGCUGCAUUGUUUCUACUAGCUGGUAUAAGUGUGUCUCUAUAUACAUGCAGCACGAAGCCUUGUUGUUGCGGUGAUGACAAAAGAAGUGACUACACAGUAUUAGAUGGGUCUACUGAAUCUUCACCCAUAGAAGGGUCAUUGGAAGAAACUUCAGCGUGAUAUGUAACAUGUUUUCAUAUUUUUUAAGUCUGUUCUUAGUAUUAUAGCCUCCAAACUGAUCUCAUUUGAAAACAAGUUUAUUUCAGCCACAUGUUUUGUUUUUCCCUGGUACUUCAGACGAGACAUUUGUUUUAAAUGAUUUACAGAUCAGCUGACCAAAUGAAUUUGAAAAGGAAAAAGAAAAUCUUUUGAGUACUUCUUAUACUUUGUGGAAUCCAAAUUUCUUCUUCACCACUGCCGUGAAACUAACACUGCAUCCACAGCAACAAAUUCAUUUUAUAUAAAAAACAAAAUAUGUGCAGGAUAUUUUUAUAUUUAAUUUUGUUCCUAUCUUAAGACGUGGAUUGGUGACAAAAAUGGUGUAAGCUGUCAACCAAAAAUGUGUGUUUUUUUGUGCAAAUAUAGAUUUAUGUUAUUAGGUUCAGCAUCAUAUCAGAAUUAAGACCUCUGUGAAAGGCUUAAAAAAGUAAUAGAAUUGGUUCUCAAGGCACUGGUUUAUGAAAAUAUAGUGCAGGCGGGCAGUAUCUUUUUUCUUUUUUUUCUUUUUUCUUUUUCUUGGGUUUUUCAAACCAUUGAACACAUAAACAGUUGUGUAACCAAAUACUCCCUACAUAUAUGUAUUCCUUGAUGAGUAUAAUACUUGAAUACAGUAUUUGACUACAGCUGGACUUGGAAUAUUUAAGGAUUUUUAUUGUUGUUUGUUGAAAAAUGGAAAUAAAAACGAAAUCUGUGGUGAACUUUAUGAUGAUGCGGGCAGUGCCUAAGAACCAAGAUUAUUAUUUUUUUUAGCCAAACAAGAGUAAACAUUGUCUGGCCUGGAGCUGGAGGUAAUAUAUCACGGUCAUAAUGAUAUGUUUUCCUAAGACCCCUGGAUAAAAGUUGAGUACCAACCAUAAUUUAUUUUCAUAUGUCUAAGACAACCAUAAAUCUUUUGGAAAUGUGUACAUAUGACAUUCAUUUCAUUUUGAUAAGUAUCUAAGAUACCACGUACACCUACUGAAAAGAGGAUACUAGAGUUAUCGAUGCAAAGAUGCUGAGGAUGCAGUCAAAUAACUAUUCUACCAUAACAUUGAAGAAUGCUGAAUUCUGAUUGGUUAAAAUAAAGUAUCAAAUUUCCAUUUGACACCUCUAGAUUAAGCCUUUUCACUCACAAAAUGUGGAUAUGAAUACAUUGAUAGCCUCCAUAUCAAUCCAUAGAAAUAUGGCUGCCGACCCAUCAGAACUGCAUAUGUUUGAUUGCUGUUGAAAGAGUAGUCAAAUAAUUGUUGCCAUGAAACAGUUCAAAAACUUGUCAUAAGAUUAUCAAUUUCGUAUUCAAUGUUACAUUUUAAACCAAAACAAAUAUUUUUUGGACAAAUGGCUAUUUCAUAUGGAAAUAAAUAAUGUAGCAAGCCUUGCUUAACUUUUUCCCAAGUGUAUAUUUUAUCCUUUUUAGCUCACAGAAAGUGAGUCUAUGGCAUGGUGCUGUAAUCUGUAACAGUGCUUCUGCCGUCUGUCGGUCCGUGUUCUUGUUACUAUCAUUUGAAAGAGCUAAGGGGAUGAACCUGAAGUUUCAGGGGGUAAUAGCAUCAUGCUAAAUACCAAAUUUUGUUUGUGAAAUUGUUUGACAAGAACCAUAUGAAACUGAUGCUAAAGUUAAUUACUUUACAUGUCUGUUACUAAGACAAAAUUGUUAUGGAUGAGCAACUUCUUUAUUACAAUUGGGCAACAUUUCGGUGUAGAUUCUAACACCGUUAUCAAGCAAAUGAUCAUCAUUUGCUUGAUAACGGUGUUAGAAUCUACACUGAAAUGUCGGAAAUUUUGUCUUUGUUACCAUUCCAACUUCUAAAUGCCACUCAAAGAAAUGUCGGUUACUGCUGUUACUGCAUUGUCAGUACCUCACAGGCUUGUAUGCACUCUGUACCUCCAUCACAAUGACUACUUAUGGCCACUGUGCAGUGUGGUGCUACUUUAAACCAACAAAUCAAACUACAGCCUGCAUCCAACAAACGGAAUGUCAGCGAUUGUGCUGAUCAGUGAGCGAUCUGAUUACGCCACAUGAACGGCAAUGUUUCUUGUUCGACAAGGGGGCACAGUCAUCUCAGGCACCUCAAUUCGCUGUGCAGAGUUACGUUGGGUUCAGCAUGGGUCACAGCCUUGAGACCAUCAUCUCUGCAAUGGCAGGCAGUGGUAGGAUUCACAAAGUUGGGAUCAUGUUUACUACCAUGAGCUGUUCACUGCCUCGUUUGAUUUAAAUUAGACCAAUAACACCACUACACUGCUAGUACAUGUUUGUCUACAUCAGCAGUCGGUACUCAGUGGUGAUGGAGGAACUGAUACAAGCUGUGAUGUACGGACGAGGACUGGGAAGAAAUAGGCAGAAAGUGCUUUUCCUUUAAUGAUCAUAUUGACUUUUUCACAGGAUAUAGACACACAGAGGAUGGACAUGUGGGGAGCAUUUACUUCAAUGUCUCAGAUGUACAUUUCUAGACAGUAUUUCUUUUGUGUGUAACAAUUCAAGAUAUAUAUAUACAAAGACAAUAAAUAUGUUUGUUAUAUAUUUAUUCAACCCAAAUAUACUCAGAAUAUUGUAUUUUUUAAGAUAUCUUUUUUUAUUGAAUUAUUCAUAUAACUGAAAUAGAUUAUCUAUGGGUAAUAAUGCCAAUCCAUUCAUGUUAUUUUGUGAUACAAAAGUGGUGUAUGUGGGAGUGUUGUGUGAGACAUGUUUAUCUCUCGAAGAAUGUUUUGAACAAAAAUUGUUGUCCGAAUCUUUAAAAAUAUUCACGAAAUCAAAUAUUUUCCACUGGCUAUUAACUUGAACAGGGCUCUCAGACUGACUUGGUUCUGAUGUUUGUGAUAAAUGAACCCUUGUUACCUUGACAGAUCUCGAAGACAAUGCAACUUUAUAGUCCCAGCAGAAUUCUUCUGUGUUUCUUGUUAUUAGACCCUGACAAAGUCCGAGUUGGAGUCAAUAUAUGUAAAAAGUGUAUACUGGUCCCAGGCAGAACUUUCUCAGCUGUGUUAAGUUCCUGAUUUAGUUGAGACUGCUGGGUGAUUAUAGUCGUUGAACCAUCUUCCCAAGGCAAGGGAGUUAACUGACUACAAAAGUCAAGUUUCCACCCUUGCCAAACUAGGCUGGAAUAUAGAGUUAUAUUUUGGCUGAACCAAUUGUCUCCAACUCGAGGGGAAAUACUUGAACACACACCCAUUGUCUCCAACUCGAAGGGAAAUACUAGGACACACAUCCGUUGUCUCCAACUCUAGGGGAAAUACUUGAACACACAGCUGUUGUCUCCAACUCUAGGGGAAAUACUAGAACACACACCUGUUGUCUCCAACACUAGGGGAAAUACUUGAACACACACCUGUUGUCUCCAACUCUAGGGGAAAUACUAGGACACACACCUGUUGUCUCCAACUCUAGGGGAAAUACUUGAACACACACCUAUUGUCUCCAACUCUAGGGGAAAUACUUGAACACACACCUAUUGUCUCCAACUUGAGGGGAAAUACUAGGACACACACCUGUUGUCUCCAACUCUAGGGGAAAUACUUGAACACACACCUGUUGUCUCCAACUCUAGGGGAAAUACUUGAACACACACCAUUGUCUCCAACUCUAGGGGAAAUACUUGAACACACACCUAUUGUCUCCAACUUGAGGGGAAAUACUAGGACACACACCUGUUGUCUCCAACUCUAGGGGAAAUACUUGAACACACACCUGUUGUCUCCAACUCUAGGGGAAAUACUUGAACACACACCUAUUGUCUCCAACUUGAGGGGAAAUACUAGGACACACACAUGUUGUCUCCAACUCUAGGGGAAAUACUUGAACACACACCUGUUGUCUCCAACUCUAGGGGAAAUACUUGAACACACACAUGUUGUCUCCAACUCUAGGGGAAAUACUUGAACACACACCUGUUGUUUCCAACUCUAGUGGAAAUACUUGAACACACACCUAUUGUCUCAACUCUAGGGGCAAUACUUGAACACACCUGUUGUCUCCAACUCUAGGGGAAAUACUUGAACACACACCUAUUGUCUCAACUCUAGGGGAAAUACUUGAACACACACCUAUUGUCUCCAACUCUAGGGG